CGAAAUCUUCUGCCCAGCAUUCCUUCCAUUUCAUUCGCGAACGAUGUCCGUGCUACUAGUGCGUUUCCUGUGCUUACUAACCACGCCUAGCAACGGGCGCGCUAUGUUUAUUUCACGUGCAUGUACCCGUGAAGCCGCUCAGCCAACAGCCACUACGCGUAACGAUCGAUGCCUGAUUCAGCGACCCCUUGAUCUUUAUAGCCGCCAUGGAUCAACACAACAGCGACGCUGUUAAUGACACCUCUCUGGGUUCGAAUCAAACUAACGCCAAACUGAAGCAACGCAGUCUACUGCCGCAACCUGGAACUCCCAAGCCUACUGUCCGUUCAACGACCCUCUCAGAAGCACCUAUGGAGCCCGAUAAAAGUAGUCAGCCCAAUUCAACUCUAUCUGGAGCACCGGUUCCAGCUGCCUCGAUACCUUUGACUCGAGGCACCUCUGUUGCAGGUUCGAGGCUUGGGCGGCCCCGACCACGCUCAAUGUACCAGACAGGUUCAGUUCCCACAGAAAAAGUCACAGAGAUUGAGAAAACAACAACAUCACGGUCGAUGCGCCCGCCAAGUCUACUGAAAAAGCCCUCUGCAACACCUUUACUUGGAAUUGGAAGAACUCAAUCCUUGCGCAGGCCAGCUGUGACAACGCAAAUAGGUCAACCAGCAUCCUCAGAAGCUCAUCAAUCUCGAACUCAACCUACUGGUGCAGUGUCGAUCGCUCGAAGCAACACAACAAGACCGAGGACUACUGCGGAACGACCAAAAUCACUGCACGUUGCUUCCGGUAAUGCACCGCAUGUCUCAAACGACUUCAAACAGCCUGAACCUGCAACGACUAGAAGUUCUGGACGCCUUGCUGGCUUGAUCCGGUCAGCGAGCGUGAAGAUAAGACCGGAUGCACCGGGUAGUGGUGCGCGCUCUAGGGUGGCAUUGAAACCCGAAGAAUCUGUCCAUACACAAACAAAACCCAAGGAGCUAGCACAUCAAGAAGCCGUGAAGGCUACACGACCAGCAUUCAGCACAUUGCAACAGCAUUUUACACCACGCAAAGCUGCCAAAGCGCCAACCGCUGCAUUUUUGCACCCUGCCCCAGUCACGACCGGUAACACUUUACCGCCAGAGUUGGUCAGCAUGCAGAUGGAUUUGCUUCAGCUCCAUCUCCUACAUGAGAACGCAGAAGAAGUGAGUAGGCAUUGGGAAAUGAGUGCCAAGCGUGCUCUGCGUUCUAAGUUCGACGAGGUCUCUAGCAUGUACCAAAUCAUGUUGGAGCAUGAGCGUUCCGGCCAAGAGCAGAAAAAUAUCCAAGCGCUUCUGGAAUGGACUGGAAAUAAGACAUCUGCGAGCUUGGUCGAAUAUAUCCAGGUCCUCUCAGGACCGCUGCACGAGCUUCCGGCUCUGGUCCAGACAGGAGGCCGAUUCCAGCGUCAUGUUAGUGCUUUCGAACAGUGGGUGUGCUGGAUAGGUGAAGUUAGAACAGCUCGUCAGAAUCGGACAGAAGCUAGUCUAGGGUCCAUUGAGGGUCUUGGGGAUACAUGGAAAGCAGAGAACGUUGCCCUCAUGCGCAAACUGGCUUCUUUCUCGCGCGACCUGAGCGGUCUGUCACAGCCUUCUGCCGGGUCAAGCAUUGCAUCCAUUGUUGCCUGUUGCGAUGCUUUGCUGAGUGGGCUGUUGGAGGAGCUUCAAAUCAUGCAAGCUGUUGAGGCAGAUGUGGUGGAGAAGGAGAAGGAAUGGGUCGAGACACGCCUGCAAGGCAUUGCAGCGAAUAUUGGCUCCUUUCUUGUUGACGAAGCCCCAGCUUGGCGAACGUAAAUUGCCGGGUGCUCGAGUGCGAUGAAUAAACGAUGUUCUCACUUUCGUUACUUUGCACUUCACUGUCUUGUCUGAUUGCAAGGGAACACAUUGACUGAGUUGUCCAUUCUGAGCAAUGCCCCGAUAGCGUUACGUGAUAAUCUAAGAUACCCAUUCAACCGUUACU